GCGGCCGCUUGGACAGCCCGGGCAACCUCGACACCCUGCAGGCGAAAAAGAACUUCUCCGUCAGUCACCUGCUAGACCUGGAGGAGGCCGGGGACAUGGUGGCGGCACAGGCGGACGAAAGUGUGGGCGAGACGGGCCGGAGCCUGCUGGAGUCACCAGGACUGACCAGUGGCAGCGACACCCCUCAGCAGGACAAUGAUCAACUGAACUCAGAGGAGAAGAAGAAGAGAAAGCAACGGAGAAACAGAACGACCUUCAACAGCAGCCAGCUGCAGGCCUUGGAGCGUGUCUUCGAGCGGACACAUUACCCGGAUGCUUUUGUGCGAGAAGAUCUUGCACGUCGGGUGAACCUCACUGAGGCUAGAGUGCAGGUGUGGUUUCAGAACCGAAGAGCCAAGUUCCGUCGGAAUGAGAGAGCCAUGCUGGCCAAUAAAAACGCUUCCCUCCUCAAGUCCUACUCAGGAGAUGUGACUGCCGUGGAGCAGCCCAUCGUACCUCGGCCUGCUCCUAGACCCACCGAUUAUCUCUCCUGGGGGACAGCCUCUCCAUACAGCGCCAUGGCUACUUAUUCUGCCACAUGUGCCAACAAUAGCCCUGCACAGGGUAUCAACAUGGCCAACAGCAUUGCCAACCUGAGACUGAAGGCCAAGGAAUAUAGUUUACAGAGGAACCAGGUGCCAACAGUCAACUGAGGAAAAAAAUAAUUAAACAGGCCUAAGAAGAAAUCAAAAACCAUAAGAGACCUAUCCUGUUCUGUCAUUUCUUCAUCUGCUGGAAAAAAUCAAAUCAAACAAACAAACAAAGCCAGAACUAAAAUAUUGGGACCAUGGCGGAGAAAAGCAGGAGAGGAACAAAACGAAAAUUAGUUAACAGUGGUUCCUUCUUCCUCUCGGAUACCAUCACCAUUUGCUUCUGUGUGCGUUCAUUUUGUUUUCCUUCUAUCCGUGCUUUGCUAAUUAUACUCCAAGCUUCUUCAGUUAGGCUCAACCCACCCAUUCCUGUAAUUGUAUGAGAAUUAAAAAAAAAAAAACUUCAGCAGCCAAAGAAACACACACACAUAUAUAUGCACACAUAUAUACAUAUAUAUACACAUAUAUGUAUAUAUACAUAUAUAUACACACACACUUGAGUGUGUGUGUGUGUGUGUGUGUGUGUGUAUGUGUGUGUGUGUAAGAUUAUGUCUCAGUAACCUGUUUGACCUCAGUGCCUUAUUCUGUCUCCCAAGUAUCUCUAGGAGAUUUUUGAAAAUCCAAAGUAUUUCUGAGGAAUCUGUAUGUUGUCUCCAUGUCUGUUGGUCAUGGUAAGGUUUUUCUAUCAGCUUCACGAAAAAGAAAUGUACACAUGUUCUGGUGUUUGACCUGUCUGAUUGAUGUGGUUGGCCAUGUCUGGUGAACUCUGAGCUCUAAGGUCUUGAGCGAAUCUGUGGACUUAAGCUCUAAGUGCUAGGUUAUAAUGUUAUCAACACCAUCCCUCAUCUAAACCAAACAAUAAACCAUCCUAAGUUAAAGAUA